AUGGCCUGGACGCCCGAGAGCCGCAAGGGCCGAGCCCUGAGCGCCAGCAGCUGGGACCCCCCCGCCUGGAGGCGAUUCCAGCACCGGGCUGGGAGUUACAGGGGGGCUCUCUCACGCAGGUACAACGCCUACCGCACGCCCGGCUUCCCACAGUUCCGCACCCAGUACAUCCGGCGGCGCAGCCAGCUGCUGCGGGAGAACGCCAAGGCCGGGCACGACCCCGGCGCCCGCAAGCUGUACCUGCGGCUGCGCGCCCAGCUCCUGGCGCAGCGCUACGGUCCCCUCUCCGAGCAGAGCAGCUUCCGCGCCUACAGCAACAGCAUCGUCCGCAGCAGCCGCACCACCCUGGACCGCAUGGAGGACUUUGAGGAUGAUGCCCGGGCGUUGGGGGCCCGUGGCCAUCGCCGCUCAGUCAGCCGCGGCUCCUACCAGCUGCAGGCGCAGAUGAACCGUGCGGCAUACGACGAGCGAUCCCCCGGCAGCGUAGUGCCCACGUCGGUGGCGGAGGCCAGCCGGGCCAUGGCCGGGGACACGACGCUGAGCGAGAACUAUGCCUUCGCCGGCAUGUACCACGUCUUCGACCAGCACGUCGACGAGGCCGUGCCCAAGGUGCAGUUCGCCAAUGACGACAAGCAUCUGCUGGCUUGCUGCUCGCUGGACGGCACCAUCUCGGUGUGCCAGCUGGCGCCCGCCCCGCCCGCCGUGCUGCGGGUGCUGCGGGGCCACAGUCGCGGCGUCUCCGACUUCGCCUGGUCCCUGUCCAACGACGUGCUGGUCUCCACCUCGCUGGACGCCACCAUGCGCAUCUGGGCCGCCGGCGAGGGCAAGUGCAUCCGCCAGAUCCCCGACCCCGACGGCGCCGAGCUGCUCUGCUGCGUCUUCCAGCCCAUGAACAACAACCUCACCGUGGUGGGGAACGGGAAGCACAACCUGCACGUGGUGAACAUCUCGACGGGGAAGAAGGUGAAGGGCGGGUCGAGCAAGCUGACGGGCCGGGUGCUGGCGCUCUCCUUCGACGCCCCCGGCCGCCUGCUCUGGGCCGGCGACGACCGCGGCAGCGUCUUCUCCUUCCUCUUCGACAUGGCCACGGGGAAGCUGACCAAGGCCAAGCGGCUGGUGGUGCAGGAGGGCAGCUCCAUCACCAGCAUCUCGGCCCGCUCCUGGGUCAGCCGGGAGGCCCGCGACCCCUCGCUGCUCAUCAACGCCUGCCUCAACAAGCUGCUCCUCUACCGGGUGGUGGACAACGAGGGGACCCUGCAGCUGAAGAGGAGUUUCCAGAUCCAGCAGGACUCCCACCCCGUGCGCAGCAUCUUCUGCCCCCUCAUGUCCUUCCGCCAGGGGGCCUGCGUGGUGACGGGCAGCGAGGACAUGUGCGUCUACUUCUUCGACGUGGAGCGCGCCAGCCGGGCCAUCGUGAACAAGCUGCAGGGGCACAGCGCCGCCGUGCUGGGCGUCAGCUUCAACUGCGACGAGAGCCUGCUGGCCUCCAGCGACGCCAAGGGCAUGGUCAUCGUCUGGCGCCGCGAGCAGAAAUAGGGGCCCCGGACCCACCACCCCGCUCCCCCCAGAGCCGGGUGCCCUCUGGGGGGAGCCCUCUGACCCCAUGUAACCCUUUGUGGUCCUUGCCCCCCCCUGCCCCCCUGUCGUGUCUUCUCCCUUGGGGUGGGGCCCCCCUGUGCUUCGCCCGCUUCCUCCCUCCUCCUGCGAGCCAGGACGCCUGGGUUCUCUUGCUGGCUCAGGCUGCUGGUGUGACUGGGGCAGGUCCCAGAGCUGCUGGCCCCCCUGCUGGUAAGGGGUUACAUUAUUUCCCCGGGGUGGGGCAGGCCACCAUUGCUGCCAUGUGUGGGCAGGUUGACCUACAGUCCUGCUUGAUGCUGCUGGCUCUGGCCAGAACCCGGGGGGGGGGCUC